AUGGGAGGGGCCGGUAGCUCCUCCUUCCGCCCCCUCUCCCUCAGAGGAGGCAGCGAACCAGAGGCAUCGAGCAAGUACGACCGCGUGCUAUGGGACAUGCUGCAACAGCAUCCGGACGAGAUCCAUUUCCUCAACACCGUGUUCAACUUCCUGCAGAGGAGGACGCCCUGCUUCAACGGGCCGAGGGCCAAGGACAACUACGAGAUCCUCAUUGAUACUCUCUGCCACCAGAAGGAGAGGUACCUGCAGCACAUCGCUUCCGGGGGAACUAUGAGAAAGCCAGAGCCCAUGCAGGAGGAGCCGAGGAGGGUGGAGACAAGGACGGAGAAGAAGACGGAGACGAAGACGGAGCCAUCUCCCACGACGGAUGUUCCGAUCACGGAGGAGACGCCGGCUGAUGGCAAGGAGAUUGAAGCCAAAGAUCAGCUGGAGCUGGUGGAAAGUAAUGAGGGAGGAGGAGCGAGGCAGACGGGCCUGCAGAUCCCAGUGAACAAUGGAGGGAGGACGGACAGGUAUGUCUGGGCUCAAUCGCUUACCGAGGUCACUGCGGACAUCUUCCUCCCUCCCGGCAUGACCCCCAAGAUGCUCAAGGUGGAGACGACUGCUGACACGCUCAAGGUAGGAGAGCUGGCGCUGGGCACCUUCCCCGAAAAGAUCUUUCCGUCUGAGACAACCUGGACGGUAGAGAAGGACAUCCUGGG